UUCACAUGUGACAACCACCUAUUUAGAGGAGGGAUGCCACCAAUUGCUGCUGCAAAUGGCUUGCAUCUGUCACCCAUUCCCCCAGAGCUUGCUGAGCUGAAUGUACUGGAAAGGCAGAUUAUUGCAAAAAUUAUCCCAUUUGCAAAGAUCGUGUCAUUGCCAAAAGGACAUCAAAAAGCAGUGCAUGGAGCAGUUGUAUGUGUUCCUUCUGAUAUGGAAACAACUGUAAACAGUCUCCCACGGCCCAACACAGAAGCCCAGCUCUUACAGGUCAAGCUGAAAAGAAAAAUAACAUUCAAAGGACAUCAGUAACAUGAAAAAUGUUCUGGCUGGUCUGACAACACUUAAACAGACCCAUCCUGAUUACAGGGAUGUUACAAUAAAUCAAAGUGCUGCCUGUGAUUUUCAACAGAAUGAGCCAACCAAGGAGUCAAUCCCUGAAUCUGACACUGAUUCAGGUGCAGCAACAGACCAACAACCUGAGCACAUAGGAGAAGAGCAUCAAGCGCUUCGGCCUGGUUUAGUCUUGGACACGUGCAUGCAGCCCCCGGACUUGGCACAAGAAGUGUUAUCUUAUGGAGACGGAAUUUUCAGUAUUGCUCCUGCCCAAGGAAAUAAACCUGUUUCCUUCUUCAGUGUUCCCAGGCUUGAAUCCAUGGCUUACCCAGUCCAAUUCCCCACUGGAAGAAAUACCUUGGAUGAAGUCAGACGAGUCAAGCUGUCUCCAAGUAUGUAUUUCAAUGUACGUCUUUUCUCGAUAGACACUAGGUUUGCGGCAGACCAGAGUUAUCUUUUCUUUGCUCAGUUUAUCACUGAGACCCACAUGGCCAACAGCAGCAUGUCUAUUCAAACACAAAAAGGAAAACUGACGACCAAAGAUGGACAGAACAUUUCCAAUAAAAUGCUCCAGGAUAAAGAAGAGGUGGAAACACUGAUCCACAAUAAAGAGGCCACUCGUUUCAUGCAACCGUUACGAGGCACUCCGGCUUAUUGGGAAAAAGGCCUCCGUGAUUUGCACGCCAUGGUUCGGCAGCUUGGAAAACCUACCUUCUUUGUGACCUUCUCCGCUGCUGAAAUGAGAUGGCCACAGUUCAUUGAGGCCAUCAAAGCUCAGCAUGGACAACAGGUAGAGUUUUCAGAACUUGACUGGAAUGCAAAGUGCGAUAUUCUUAGAAGCAAUCCAGUCACUGUCAUGCGCAUGUUUGACAAGAGAGUGGACGCACUCUUUACAGACCUCAUUCUUUCCCCGGCGCAGCCCCUUGGACCUGUUGAGGAUUACUUUUAUCGUGUGGAGUUUCAGGCUAGGGGUUCACCUCAUAUACAUGCGGUGAUAUGGAUUAAGGAUGCACCCGAGAUGGAAGAUCCGCCAUGUUGCGAUCAGGUCAUAAAUUUCAUCGACCGCUACAUAUGCUGUCAAUUGCCCGAUGAAACCGCAGACCCCGAGCUCCAUAAAAUUGUCAAGUAGGUUCAGAUGCACAGCAGAAACCAUUCCAAAUCGUGCAAGAAACGAAACGUUGAAUGCCGAUUUGGAUUCCCCAAACUACCCAUGGAAAAAACCACGAUCACUGUUCCUCAGUUCGAUGUGGAUUUGGAAGAUGACGAGAAAAACACAGAGCAAGUGUCAGAAACGAAAGUUCUGAAGAACUCCAAAAAAUCCACAUCCAGACAUAUCUCUAAACUACAAACUGAAGCUAAGAAGAAGCUGAAGCCAGUAAGGGAUUUACUGAUGGACGAAAAAACAUCUUUCAAGGAUUUGUCGGAGCUACUCCAGGCUUGUAACAUGACCAGCCAGGAAUACUGAUACUAUGUUGACUCUUUCACUUCUGGCAUGGUGGUAAUGAUGAAGCUUAACCUUGAGGUCAUUUGGGUCAACGCUUACAACCCCAUUCUCCUCCGUGCAUGGAAUGCCAACAUGGACAUUCAGUAUGUGCUUGAUGAGUACAGCUGCAUCGAGUACAUGAUGUCCUACAUAGCCAAGCCAGAGCAUGAAAUGUCACAGUUUCUCAAGUCUGUCAUUGAGGAUCUGAAGAACUCAAAUGUCAACCAACGGGAUGAGAUGAAGAAGAUCAUGCAGGCUUAUUCAAAACAACGAGAGGUCAAUGCUCAGGAGUCUGUAGCCCGCACUGCAGUCUACCUCUUAAGAAGUCGUCAUGUAGUGUCAUUUUCAUUCAAACAGCAGAAGACACUGUGAAAAUGAGUCUUCCAAUGAGCAGACUCAAGAACAUGGGCCCAGAUGAGAAGGAUAUCUGGAUGAAAGGAUUGCCAGACAAAUACAUCAACAGACCUCAAACUGUGGAAUUUGAAGACAUGUGUCUAGCUGUAUUUGUAUCUGAAUACAGGGUCCUGUACGGUAGGCAAAUUAAAGGACCCAAUGCAAUCCCUCUCUUAAACGAAGCCGGCUACAUCUAGAAGAGAACAGUGGGGAAGCCAGCCGUCAUUAGAUUCACUCGUUUCUCUGAAAAGAAACAGCCAGAAAAGUUUUACAGGCAGCUCCUGAAGUUGUACUUGCCACACAGGAGCGACGAGGAUCUCAACAAUCAUGAACACCCUUCAUAUGAAUAAUUUUACAACAAUGGACAUCACCGUAGGUGGCGUGUGAAACAAUGGGUGGACUUUAAUCGCAACAGAUAUGAAGGACAUGGGAAAAAAAUUGACAAGAUCAUGGAAAAAAUGGAAAGACAAGGACCAGUCCGGAAUGCUUGGAACACUUUUGCGCCUGAGGUUAAAGUGGACCGUUUGGAAUGUGUUGCGCAGCGACCAGUGGUGGAAGAAGAUGAAGAGCAGGACCCUGUUCCAGAUUACCAAAUGAAUGUAUCCCUGCCAGCAGUUGAAGUACCAAGCCUAAGCCCUGACUUUGUGAGACAAAUGUUCCGCAGUUUAAAUCACACUCAAUCAUCCAUAUUCUAUGCAAUUCGCCAUUGGUGCCUGCAGCGUGUCUGGGGUCAGAACCCUGAACCAUUCUUUUAUUUCUUGACAGGAGGAGCCGGGUGUGGUAAAUCGCAUGUCAUCAAAUGUGUUUACCAGGAGGCAACUAAGCUUUUGCAUCAGCUUCCUAGACUUCGUGAUGUCGGUGACAUGUCUCAACCCACUGUGCUCCUGACCGCUUUCACUGGGACUGCGGCAUACAACAUUUCAGGCAAAACUGUGCAUUCCAUCUUGAAGCUCCCCAAAAGCUUGAAGCCACCGUACAAGGGACUUGGAAAUGCCAUGGAUGAGGUCAGAGCAGUUCUUUCCAAUGUGGAAAUCUUGAUUAUUGAUGAAAUCUCUAUGGUCUCUAAAGAACUAUUGGCAUAUGUUCACUGGAGAUUUCAGCAGAUCAAAGGAAACACAAGGCCAUUUGGUGGGAUUUGUGUUCUUGCGGUGGGAGACUUUUACCAACUGCCCCCCUUGGGAGCUUCAAAACCUCUUUGUGUCAUGGAGGAUGGUGUACUUGAUCUCUGGAAUGAGAAUUUCUGUCUGGUAAGUCUUACAGAGAUCAUGCGACAGAAGGAUGACAAACUCUUUGCUGAGCUGCUUAACCGGCUUUGUGUCAAAAGGAAAGCUGAUGAUCUCAGCAAAGAGGACAGAACUUUGCUGACGCAGUGUAUUGCAGAUCCCAAGGAUUGUCCAUUGGAUGUGUUGCUCAUUUUUGCAACCAACAAACAGGUGGAUGCACACAACGCUGCCGUGGUUGCCUUGUUAGGUACAGCUAUUGUUGAUGUUCACGCAGAGGAAUACAGGAGAGAAACAAAAACAGGAAACAUGAUUAGUUUGGGCAGAUGCAUUAGGGGCAACAGUCGAGAUUUGUGCGACCACAUCCAAGCUGGAUUGGGUAUUAGAGUCAUGAUAAUGAGAAACCUGGAUGUAGAGGAUGGCCUGGUGAAUGGAACCUUUGGAACGAUAGCAGACAUUGUUACCCACACCAAUGACGAAACGAUAACUGUGAAUGUAAUCGGACUGAGACUAGACAAUUCCACGGCUGGACGUACCAAAAGAAUGCGUGGUAAACCAGACGACUUGGUUUACACUGAGAGAUUCGAGGAACAAUGCAGCGUGAGAGGAGUGGUGCGACGACAGUUUCCACUUAAAUUGGCCUUUGGGUGUACAGCACACAAAGUACAAGGGAUGACCAUGCAAUCGGCAGUUGUUUCUUUAAAACGUAUGUUUGCACCUGGCAUGGCGUAUGUGGGAUUAAGUCGUACAACUUCUUUGGAAGGGUUUAAAAUCAUCGAUUUUGAUGAGAAAAAGAUCUACGCUGAUGAAAGAAUCACAGCGGCCAUGGAUACGAUGGGGCGAGCAUCGUUCUCGAACACCAGCCCCCUCCUGCAUUUCCCAUCAAGUCCUCAGUGCACUACGUUGAAAAUCAUCCACCACAACGUCGAAGGUCUUGUAUGUCACUAUGACGACAUGAAGCACCAUCAUGAACUGGGAUUGGCCGAUAUUCUCUGUCUUACAGAAAGUCAUUUGUUUGGAUCUUCUUUUCCAGUUUCUUUGAAUAUGGAGGGUUAUUGUUUGUUUGCGCGCAACAGACACGUCUCUUACUCUAGCAGAGCCGACAUUGCUACCAAGGAAGGGGGGGGGAGUAGCAACUUACUGCAGGAGCAUUCUCCAACCUGAGGAACGCAGAUACUUUCACAAUGUUAAAGAUCUUGAGUACAAUGUCAUUAGAUUGGACGCUCCGAUAUCAGUCCUUGUUGCCACGGUUUACAGGCCACCUAGUUAUGAUCUUGCCAGCUUCUUGAAAAACAUUCAGAGCUUCUUGGAUGGUCUUGAUACUAUUGAUAUUCAGCCGGUUGUUGUAUUGGGAGACUUCAAUGAAGAUCUUCUCUCUCCAGGAAAAACAGCAAUCAAGGACUUGUUUGAAAGCAAAGGAUUCACUCAGCUUAUCUCAUCUCCAACAACAAAAAAGCACACCCUGAUUGAUCACAUUUACAUAUCUCGCCCAGAAUAUUGUGUCCAGUCAGGUGUAUUGCAGACAUAUUACAGUUACCACAACCCGGUAUACUGUAUUUUGUCUUCGUCAGCUGCUGCCUCUUCUUCACUUUGACAUGUAAAAUGCAAUUGGACAGGAUUGUGUUGCUUUGUUCUUGAUUUAAUAGUCGCCAAUCACAUAGCACAGCUGACUGUUACGACCCUCUUAAUAUUUUCUAACUCUAACCAUGAGCCUACACUUUCUGCAGAAGAAUGACUCCUUUGAAUAUGUUUUAUGGCACAAUUUGUUUCUAUUUCUUAGCAGUGCUCCCAUUGGACUUUCCUUUGGUGGUUGUUGUUGUUAUUGAUCAUGAGCCACUACUUAUACAGAGCUAUGCAGACCACCAUGUUCCAGAAUGGCCAUUUUUGGCUACAUUUUAAAUCUGGGAAUGUGUAAUUAUUUUAUUUUUUGUUGCCACCCUGUGCAUGCUUCAUCCUAUUCCCCUGCGUCUGCUUUCCACGCUAUACAUGCUUCGGCCUCUUGUUGCUGUCUCUGCUACCGCCCUGUGCCUGCUUGGAAAUAAUGUUGCACAAGUUUACAGCUUUGUAUGUCAGGUUUUGGGUGAAAUUAACCCCUUUUCCCCCCAAGUUUUUCUCUGUUUUGCAAGUUAUGCAAGGUGACACACAUAAGUUUGUGCUUGAAGAACAUCAAGAUUAACCUGGUAGACCUGGAAGGCAACCCACUAUUUGCAGCAAGGUGAUAUUGGGUACUGAGGUGUGUCAAGAGGUCUGUCUCAAUAUUCAAAGCUUUUGUGAAGAAUUUGCACUGGACUAAGUAUUACCGUGGACUGAAGGAAUGACCAGAUAGCCCUGUGACUGGCCGUAGUGUUCAGUUGGGCUUGUCAACCCACGCUGUAGACAAGAAGCAGUUUGGAAGGAAGACGCCACAGAACUAUGAUUUAUUUUUCACUUUACAACAAAGGAGCGGUUGCCCAAGAACCUUGAGCUAACCACUUAUGCACAAACACAUUGAUGUCUGCCACGUGCUCAAAAUGUCCUGACAGCUUUUUGCCGUAUUGACAUACGGACAGUUUUUAUUUCAUGAAUGUUUUUGAUUUUUCUCUUUUCCACUGACUUCCAUCGUCAUGUUGGAUUUUAUGUAUUAUACUGUGAUAUUGAUUGUUAUGGUUUUAUAGUUAAGAAUGGAAACUCUUUGCUACAGACACACACCAAGAUCUACAGUUCUUGCAAUCUUUUUGCUUUGUUAUGUAGACAACCAGGAUGUGAUGGGUAUCACAGAUCCAUAAAUUACUCAGGAUAAUUUUUAGAAUCAAUACGAGGUGUCUUCCCACUCAGAUUGGGCCAGAGCGGGAUUCUCCUUGACUUGGCUGCAUCAGUUUUUUACCAUUUCUUAGACGAGGUGGCGUUUUUCUGGUAGAGGCCCAGCCCACCCUCUGAUGCCCCCUACUGAUACUCUUGGAUUUGUAAGGUUUAAGAGUGGUGCAUGUCUGUCCAUGGGGAUGGACACUGGAGGAUCAGGUAGGAGGUUUCUUGGGGUGGAGGUACAGUAGACGAAUUUGACCUUGGUUACUGAACAGUCUUAGCUUACCUAGUUUAAUGUAAAUUUAAAAUAAUGUGUGCAUAGCAACCUAAAACAGGCCUAGCUCAAAUAGUUGAACCCUAAAUUGUAGAUAAAAUGCUUGGACUGUGGUCUGUUGACUGUGUGUAACCUUUUAUACAUAUUUGUUUUAUUCAGAUUGGCCAUUUGGUUAUAAGAGAACAUUCCACAGCUGCCCUCAUGCAGGACACAGAAAACAAUGACAUGUGUCAUUGGCAUCACCUAUAAGAUACAGCUGAUCUGUUUCUUACAGACAAUGCCCAUUACACAUGAUAUCAUAUGUAUUUUACUUCACUUUGUUUGAUUUCUCUUUAUCCUAGAGCAUGUUGUAGGUAUAAUUUUAACAAUUAUUGCCUGUUUAAAGUUUGUUCUGUUUUUUUCAGUUAAUAAAUAUGUUU